AUGGAUUCGAAUGAUACCUAUCGUUGUGUGCAAGACCGCUACGCUGAAGUUGCGAGGCAGACCGACCCUCAUAGCCAAAAAGAUCAUGAACGCAAAGUCGCAAGUGCGUUUGGGUAUGAUCUUGAGGAUCUGCGUUCUAUCCCAGAGAAUGCGAAUUUAGGUGUCAGCUGUGGGAAUCCGUUGGCAACGGCAAACAUAGCUGUGGGCGAGACUGUGAUUGAUUUGGGUAGUGGUGGCGGCAUUGACGUUUUGCUAGCGGCAAAAAAGGUUGGAGUGGAAGGAAAGGCCAUUGGUAUUGAUAUGACCAAGGAAAUGCUGGAACUCGCACGUCGGAACGCAAAGAACGCCGGUGCCAACAAUGCAUCCUUCAUCGAAGCGUUCAUUACUUCCAUACCGUUACCAUCGUCCACCGCUGAUUGCAUCAUCAGUAAUUGUGUGAUAAACUUAGUGCCGGAAAUCGAAAAGCCUCUAGUCUUUCAGGAAAUGUUUCGUCUACUGAAGCCGGGAGGUAGGGUUGCCAUCAGCGACAUCCUGGCAAAGCGAGAGCUUCCGAUGGAGAUCAAGAAGGAUCUCUCCUUAUAUGUUGGCUGUAUAGCUGGUGCUAGCCAGGUUGCCGACUAUGAGAGAUAUCUGAAAGAAGCAGGGUUCCAAGGUAUCCAUACUACAUUUCUCGGGGUCUUCCUCAUUCGAUCUUGUCCUAAUCAGUAUAUUAUAGAUGCAGUGAUCCUGAAUACUAAUGCAGACCUCAAUGUUUAUAAGGAAAUGUGGAAGAGUGAGGGAGCUAAUAGACCGGCCCCUACGAGCUCAUGCUGUGAUCCGAUGAACCGCAGUACCAGCAGGGAGAUACACAAUCUGCCGGAUGUGGAUUUCAACAUUUGGACUGGUGAGUGGAUCUACAAAGAAACAUAG